UGGAGACAGCAGCGGCUGAUGCGAGCCGGAGCAAUGUGGCAGCUGCUGGGCAUAAAAGUGAUGGGGCUGAGGAGCUGCAGGGCUCAUCAUGAAGUCCAGCGGGGGUGCUGCAUCCGACCUGGAGGAGCUGGAGAGUGGCAGCAGCGAGAGCAGCUCUGGGAGAUCCCUGCCUUCCACCGGGGCCCAGGGCAAGCGCAAGCGCAAGAGCCCUCGGCUGAGUGGCCUGAGCAAGCAGAGGCAAGCUGCCAACGCUCGGGAGAGAGACCGGACACACAGUGUGAACACAGCCUUCAGUGCUCUCCGCACCCUUAUCCCAACUGAGCCUGCUGAUCGCAAGCUAUCCAAGAUCGAAACCUUGCGCCUGGCUUCAAGCUACAUCUCACACCUGGCCAACAUGCUGCUCUUACAACAGCAGCAGCAGCAGCAACAACAUAGCGAAGGGUUGGGAGCUGAACCUCUGCCGGCGAGGCAGCCCUGCUUGCAAUACCAGUCUCUCCUGCAGGGCGGCAGCCCUGCAGCAACACCCAGACCAAUCUGCACCUUCUGCCUGAGCAAUCAGAGGAAACUGCACAGAGAAAGGGAGAAACACUUGUCUCUUUAAGAGUUUUAUGGACGCUGAUUCAGAUGAGAAGCUCGCACAAAUGCUGGACUGGUUAUAGAACAGUUGUAGGCUUAUUCAAAGGGGCUUUUUGCAGCUGAAACUGAACACGGUGGGGAACGUUGCACCUGGUGUGGCAGCUAUUUUCGUGCGAGAAAUGCUAAACCUAAGCAGCCGAGCCCUGAUACUGAUGCCUCCAAAACUUAUGUCACAUGAUGGAACUUGAGCUU